CUCAAUACCAAAAUCAAAAACCAUAGCCGGGCAGGGCAAGGGGGAAAAAAUAAGAGAAAAAUGACCUCGUCGGAGCUGCCAAGAAAAGAAGCCAACGUGCUAAAAGGCCACGAAGGUGCAGUAUUAGCGGCGAGAUUCAACAGCGACGGAAACUAUUGCCUGAGCUGCGGUAAAGACCGCACUAUCCGUCUUUGGAACCCUCACCGCGGCAUCCACAUCAAAACCUACAAAUCUCACGGCCGCGAAGUUCGCGAUGUCCACGUCACCCCAGAUAACUCCAAGCUGUGCUCUUGCGGUGGAGACCGGCAGAUUUUCUAUUGGGAUGUUUCCACCGGUCGUGUUAUUCGCAAGUUUCGCGGCCAUGAUGGCGAGGUGAAUGCGGUGAAGUUUAACGAGUAUGCAUCUGUGGUAGUAUCUGCAGGUUAUGAUAGAUCAUUGCGUGCUUGGGACUGCAGGUCUCACAGCACUGAACCCAUACAGAUUAUUGACUCAUUUUUGGACACUGUUAUGUCUGUAUGUUUAACCAAGACUGAAAUUAUUGGUGGGAGUGUUGAUGGAACUGUUCGAACAUUUGAUAUUCGAAUGGGUCGAGAAAUAUCAGAUGACUUAGGGCAACCUGUCAACUGUAUCUCAAUGUCAAAUGACGGUAACUGUAUAUUAGCCAGUUGCUUGGAUUCAAGUAUAAGACUUUUAGACAGGUCCACUGGUGAACUAUUGCAGGAAUAUAAAGGGCACGCUUGCAAGUCCUACAAAAUGGAUUGCUGCCUAUCCAACAGUGACGCUCAUGUAAUUGGUGGAUCUGUGGAUGGCUCAAUCUUCUUCUGGGAUCUGGUAGAUGCAUCUGUGGUUUCAAAAUUCCGAGCUCAUUCAUCAGUGGUAACAAGUGUGAGUUAUCAUCCAAAAGACAACUGUAUGAUAACUGCCUCUGUGGACGGCAGUGUUCGAGUUUGGAAAACAUGAGGUCUUGAACAAUCAAAGCUCUGCACUCGCAGCAACUCUGGUACCUGACAUUUUCGCCUAGCUUGCUCCGUAAAUUGUUGUUCAAGGAUGGAACCAUAUAUUCUUCUAAUUUCCAUACGUAAAUGCACUUAUUUGGUUGGCGAUAGUUCUUGUGGUCUUGAAUUCUACAUCAUAUCUCUGUUUACAAGUCUUGGUAUGAAGAUACACAGCGGAGCGUGUAAAAAACCCUAGUUAUGUGGUGUAACCUUGUUGGUGUUACUUAUAUUCUCAACCACUUCCUCAGUAUGAAUUCUGA